GUGCUUCACAUGCUUCACAUGCUGUGUACAUGUAAUCAAGCAUUCUUAAUGGAGUCGUCUCCCCGGCUCGGCAUUGGGUACCAAUUGGGCCUUUUCCCUGAUGCAACCCCCUGCAUCCUUCUCACACCACUUGCCGUUCUCCCCCCCGCUGAGCAAUUGGGGGAUCCUCUCAGCUUAACAGGCCCUCAGACUAACCCUUUCCAUGUUCCAUUUCAGCUGGCAAUAGAUUGCAAGAAAGACGCCCAAUCUACGGAGAUCAAAUGUCCAACAAAAUCACCGAUGCUCGCCUGGAAUGGCUAGAGGCGACAAAGCGGCGGAAAAGCUUGCUCCUCCAGCAGCUUGAAGAGGAGGAGAAGAAGAUGGGGGGCGACAACAAGGACAUUGUGUCCUCUUCGGCGGGUGGUGAUGAUGCCGCGGCGGCAGCGCAACAAGACCCCGACAAGGCGCAGGACGCACUCAACACGCAUCAAUUGAACAUUGACCGAUUCAAGGAGGAGCUUGCGGCGAUUGAAAAGGAGUUCGAGUCUUGGCAGGAAAUGGGAUUCAGCUUGCCCGCCUCCAAGUGA